AGUCAAGCACAACACACUGAACUCACUCAAACCGAACACACUUCUGCGCAGAGUGCUCUUCUCAACCACCAGCUGCUCAUUCAAAUUCAUCUCUUAUUGCUUAAAAAAAUUGACUUUUUCUAAGUAUAAAAAACGAAAGAAAAACUACAGGUCACAUUCACAACUGACAGACAAAGUUUGAAGAAAAGAAGCUGAAGUUUUGAGAGCGCAUGGCUGCUCUGAUCAGCGCGUAUUCCUCCUGGCCGGAGAGUUUUGAGUGCUCUGCGGGAAACGGGGAUGUACCUGACAGAGCUCCUGCGGACAAGGUGUCGGAGCCGCGCAUCAGGAGACCCAUGAACGCCUUCAUGGUGUGGGCCAAAGAUGAGCGCAAGAGACUCGCAGUUCAGAACCCAGAUCUUCACAAUGCUGAGCUAAGCAAGAUGCUGGGAAAGUCAUGGAAAGCUUUAACUCCACCGCAGAAGAGGCCGUUUGUGGAGGAAGCAGAGCGGCUGAGGGUGCAGCACAUGCAGGACUACCCCAACUAUAAAUACCGUCCACGCAGGAAGAAGCAGCUUAAGCGCAUCUGUAAACGUGUAGACCCCGGCUUCCUCCUGACCACACUAGGUCCAGACCAGAAUUCCCUGCCUGAUCUGCGUGGCUGCUGUCACCCCUUUGAUAAAGAUGAUGAGAGUGGCGUGAGUGGUAGUGUUGGUUUCGGUUCUCCCACUGCAGCUCUACCGGGUGUGAGGGUCUUUAGAGAUCCCGCAGGUUCAAAUAGCAGCUUUGAUACGUAUCCAUAUGGCUUGCCCACACCACCUGAGAUGUCACCUCUGGACGUCGUGGAUCACGAACACCAAUCCUACUACUCCUCCAGCUCAGUAUCCACCAGCUCCUGCUCAUCUUCCACCUCUUGCCCGGAUGACCGGCAUCCCACCCCAGUCCACAUGAGCAGUCCACCCCCUUACCAUCCCGACUACUCCCAACAAGCAUCUCUGCACUGUGGGAGCACACAUAUGGGCCACAUCCCGAUGCCUCACCAGGGAAGUGAGGCGACCCUCAUCCCUGCUCAUUCACUCUCUUAUUACAGCUCUUCAUUCCCCCAAGUUCAGAUUCAUCAUGGGCACCAUGGGCAUCUGGGACAGCUUUCACCACCUCCAGAACAGGGGCAUCUGGAAAGUCUGGAUCAGCUGAGCCAGGCUGAAUUGCUGGGUGAGGUAGACCGAAAUGAGUUUGACCAGUACCUAAACUCCAAUAGUUAUCACCCAGAGCAGGUUGGGAUGACAGUCACAGGACACAUCCAAGUAACGCCAGCUUCCGUUUGCUCCAGCAGAGCAACAGAAACCAGUCUCAUCUCCGUAUUGGCCGAUGCUACGGCAGCCUACUACAACAACUACAGCAUUUCAUAAAUGGCAAAAGAAACAAAGACAAUUACCACAGACAGAGACUGUGAGCUUUACAUGGGUCAGCAGUGUGACUGGCAGGUAAACAAAAGGGGGGCUGUGGAGGAAGGGGAAAAAAGAGAAGCUACAGGAAGUCAAUGGACACCUCAGGGAUGCACAGAUAAAAAAAAAAAAAAAAGUUAAUUCCCAUCUUUGUUUCCAAAAGAAGAACGGAAGUAAAAAUAAAUAAAUUGGACAAACAUAGAACUGCUCUUAUCUUGCCACAAAAGCAUGUACAAAUGCUAUAAAGUUAAUUUAUAUAUCUAAUUGCUUUGCAUUAAAGCUUAUUGUAUUGCUUUUAUUCAGUCCAAAUAUAUUCAUUUGUUUUUUUGUUUUUUUAACCUCAAUUGUUUUACCUCAAUUAUUAUUUAAGUGAGGCUGGUCUCUUCCGCAUAUCUUUUAUAGUACAUUGUUUUGAAGGAUAUUCUUCAGUUGCCCUUUCUUUUCCCUUUACAUUCAUUUAAAACAUAUAUGUACUCAUAAACAGUAAAAUAAUUAUAUUAAUAUGAAAUACUACUGUAUGCCUGUUUAGGUUUUUCAUUUUAAUUUAAUUCAAAUAAAAUAUUGAGUUUAUACAUUUAGCAUUCUCAACUUUGAUGUCCUCAAUCAUGUCAAUAACAGGCAGAUGAACAUACAGCAGCUCUGAAACAAUAAUGAUGUUUGUUGAACACCAUUCUGUUUGACCAAUCUUGAUGAUGGUCUUAGACUUGUCACGAUGAAUUGCAUUGUGUAUGCCCAUAUAAGUAUAGCACAUUGACUGUUGGUCUGGACAUACCAAAAGAAAAAAUAUUUAGUUUUGAGAAUUAUUGAGACGGAAUGUUCUGGGGUCCCAUCUGAACCAGACGUCGCUAAAUAAAAACACAAUAUAAGACUCAAGCUUUUGUAAUUACUGAUAGACCACACUUUGUCUUUAGACAAAUUUAGAAGUGCUGUUUUUGCACUUUUUUCAGUACAAUUUUGCUAUUAUUAUUAUUGUUGUUAUUAUUAUUAUUGGUAGUUGUAGUAGUAGUAGUUAUGAUAGUCUCUGUAAACUGCUUUAUGGGAAAUAUUUUAUAUACAGCUAAACAAUUUAUGUUUUAUCAUUUUAGAAGAUUUUUGCACUUAUUUAUUUCUGUUAUUACUGAUUUAUUGUAGUAAAAUCUGAAAUCCUGCAAGGCCCUGCAGCCAGUUCAGAAAAUCUUUAGUGAUGACACCAUUCAAUACUUAAAUUAAGGGUUUUGCUGCAACCAGGAACUGACAUCUACAAUAUUGUUGUACGUGACAGAGGCUGUUGUCAAAACUACUGCACUGGCAACUGGCGGUCACCACCCUGUGUUCCCAGUUUGCAAUCACCAACACCCAUUAUGCACUCAGUUUCACUCCUCCACGGAUCAGAGGAUUAGUGUAAAACAGGCUCUGCUGUUUUUCUCCCCGCCUCCAUCUCCACUGGCCUUUUGUUUCCCCCUGUCUUAUUAUGGGUGCGUGUCUUAAGCAGAAUGUUGGAACUCUCCUCCUACCCUGCCUUCGCCCCCUCGACUGCCUGUCCUAUCUUGCUG